ACGAUGAGUUAGGAUUCAACCCAUGGUCUGAUCAUUACUCUCCUAUUCAAUCUGAAGAGGAUACUGAUAAUAAUGGAGAAUUAGAAGAACCAAUAGAAGACAACCAAGCUGCCUAUCUUACUGAA